GCGCGGCGGACAGGCACGCGCGCGCGUCGAGCAGGCUCUUAAGAGGCGGGAGACGCGAUGUAGCCGCGAGGCGCGCUCACCUUCACCUCCCCCUCCCUCUCACCGGGGAGCGAUGCUGGUGCCGCCGGACAUGAUGGCGGCGCAGUCCAAGAUGCUGUACCAGAUCAACAAGUACUACGGCGAGCGGGUGCAGCACCGCAAGGUGCAGAUCGCCAAGACGAUCCGCGACGUGUGCAAGGUGGUUCAGGACGUGCUGAAGGAGGUGGAGGUGCAGGAGCCGCGGUUCAUCUCGUCGCUGACCGAGUGCAACGGCCGCUUCGAGGGCCUGGACGUGGUGUCUCCGGGCGAGUUCGAGGUGGUGCUGUACCUCAACCAGAUGGGCGUGUUCAACUUCGUGGACGACGGCACGUUGCCCGGGUGCGCGGUGCUCAAGCUGUCCGACGGCCGCAAGCGCUCCAUGUCGCUGUGGGUGGAGUUCAUCACGGCUUCGGGCUACCUGUCGGCGCGCAAGAUCCGCUCGCGCUUCCAGACGCUGGUGGCGCAGGCGUGCGACAAGUGCGCGUACCGCGACGCCGUCAAGAUGAUCGCCGACACGACCGAGGUGAAGCUGCGCAUCAGGGAGCGCUACGUGGUGCAGAUCACGCCGGCCUUCAAGUGCUCCGGGGUGUGGCCGCGCUCGGCGGCGCACUGGCCCAUCCCGCACAUCCCCUGGCCGCACCCCAACCUCGUGGCCGAGGUGAAGACCGAGGGCUUCGACCUGCUGUCCAAGGAGAGCGUGACGCUGCAGGGCAAGCAGUCGGCCAUGGAGGGCGACGCGUGGGUGCUGUCCUUCACCGAGGUGGAAGGCCGCCUGCUGCUGGGCGGCUGUCGCCGGCGCUGCCUCAGCAUCCUCAAGACCCUGAGGGACAGGCACCUCGACCUGCCCGGCAACCCGGUGGCCGCCUACCACCUCAAGACGCUGCUGCUGUACGAGUGCGAGAAGCACCCCAGGGAGCUGGAGUGGGACGAGGCGUGUCUGGGGGACCGCCUCAACGGCAUCCUGCUGCAGCUCAUCUCGUGCCUGCAGUGCCGCCGCUGCCCGCACUACUUCCUGCCGCACCUCGACCUGUUCAAGGGCAAGUCGCCCAGCGCCAUGGAGAACGCGGCCAAGCAGGUGUGGCGGCUCACCCGCGAGCUGCUCACCAACACGCGCUCCCUCGAGAAGCUGUGAGCCGUCGACGACUAUACCCCCAGCGCGCUCUGCGCCUAGGAAGCCACGACCCUUCAGCCGUCGACGACUGUCCUCCGCGCUCUCUAGUUCUAGGAACACCUCGUCGGCAGAACUACCUGUCGCCGCGACCCUUCAGCCGUCGACGACUGUCCUCCGCGCUCUCUAGUUCUAGGAACACCUCGUCGGCAGAACUACCUGUCGCCGCGACCCUUCAGCCGUCGACGACUAUACCUCCCGCGCUCUCUACGGCUAGGAACACCUGGUCGGCAGAACUACCUGUAGCCACGAGACCCUUCAGCCGUCGACGACUGUCCUCCGCGCUCUCUAGUUCUAGGAACACCUCGUCGGCAGAACUAGGUACCUGUCAACGCGAUGUCCCUCAGGCACAAACCACUUGUCUCCCUCCGACUUAUAUGUCCCACAUCUGCGCAACCGUUAGAAACCAGCAUUCUUCAACGAACAGUUUGUUACUCAUUACUAGGGACCGGAAAAAUUCGCGAAUUCAGUGACCUGCAGGAUAGACUCCAAGAUCCUCUAUGCACUCCGACAAAUUACAUCUGCCCAUUGGCUACUGACUCGUGACUACUAUUAACUAGAAUGCUUUUGAUUCGAUACUUCUUUCGUUGAGGAUUAUUCAUUAGUUCUGAUUCCUUCGGACAACCUGUGGUCAAAUCACUGAAGCAGCAAAAAGUUAAAGACAUCUGGAUUCUAGCUUAUCGCGAAAUGAAACGGCGAAUAUUUCCGGGCUCUACUCAUUACCGUUGUUAAACACACGCGGAAAGGGUUUUUGCCGUAGACUCAAAAAAAAAAUAUUUGAGAAUUUCAUUAAUAUAAUAAGAUUUGAUUCGCGUAACUUCGAAAACCCCCGCGCGUUUAACGAGGAUAGCAGUGAUUCAAAGAAAGACUUAUCCCUGGAUGAUUUGCAACCUGCAUACUUCGAAAAAUGUUAAGUGUGUUUGGCGUUAGGACGUAGGCCUAGGCGCACUGUCUCGUCAUUGGCUGCUGCAGCUGUCUGCCACACUGCUGAUGUUUUGUUUAUGUACGUUCGCCGAGGUUUGAAAACUUCGUCACGGACUUAUUUUGACGUUGAUUCUUGACCUCUAAACCAGAAAACAGGCAAAGAGCUGAUGCACUGUGAAAAGGGGGGGGGGGGGGGUAUUUAAACGAACAUCAAAUGUUCCGUUAUUAGGUCCAUGCAUAUCCCUCGACUUAAAGAACCAAUUUUUUUUCUCAGUAAAAAUAAAAAUAUUGCGUCGAAAUAAACUUCACAAAAUUUCUAUCCUAAACUGUUGUAAAUAAACUUUUUUUUUUUUACUUCGUCAAUUAGGUAUACAGGUACUGCCUAUCGUGUUUGCAUUAGGAAACAAUAAUUUUUAUCGUCUGAUUUCACAAGCUAGAGUAAGAAACUUGGAAUUUCACAAAAUUUUGUAUUUCAGAACAUGUCAACUAGUUCUUGGCAAUAUUACGAGAUAAAAUAUUUUGUUUAUAGUUCAGUCCUUCGACGUGUUAUUUUAAAGCAAUUAAAAACACAUAAAACACUUAAUUAAGGCGUGACUUGCUACCUAGAGUUUACUGUAUACGUGCAAUUUCUGAAUUAUUAAAUCAUGAUUAUUUUUUUGUAAACGUUGUUAGGAAAAUUCGCGACAAAAUAUUUGACGAUUAAAAGCUAUCGAUUCCGAAACUAAUGGGUUGAACGAAUGCACAGCUCUUAGGCGUAGGUAUUAACAGCAUCAGCGGCAGCCAAUGAAAUGUCAUCUCUCCGUGUAGGCCUAUGUGCAGGUACACAAUACUGCGGAGUCUAUCUUGCAAAACCUGGUCUAACACCAUUCUAAAUGCUGACGGCAGGGUGGGAUUGUGUAUCUAUAAGCUCACUAUUUCCCCUACUAUAACUGUACAAGUUUUGUAAACAUUUCUGUCAAACUUAGGUCUACAUGACUGCUGCUUCUAAGCCUGUUUUUUUUUUUUGUGGGAAUGUCAUUCUCAACCAGCGCAGCAACACUUAGGCCCUAAAUUGAACAAUCGCGUAGGCAUAUUUUUUUUUCAAGAUAGCUUAAAGUGUAAAAAAUAUAGACCUACCCUUAGAACACUCAAAUUGUCGUGUUGUUACAAGCGUCGAUUUUCGUGUGUUUUUAUUGUGAUAUUUAUGUAUUAAUUAUAGGUAGUCAUAUGACGGUGCGGUCAAAAAAAAUAUUCCGUUUUGUGUUGCGUGUGUGUAAAUAGAGCUAUAUCUUUUUUUCUCUUCCCUUUCGUCGGACUGCAUCGAGAAACGAAGGUAUGAACGAUACAUUUUCCUAGUUUCUUCUAUACGUCGAUAUGUUUUUAUUGAUUCUCUCUAAGCUGUUCCAUUGUUUGACGAAUGUAAAAUUUAAAAAAAUAGUAUUAUAUAUAUUCCAAUAAAUAUAUGACAUUCAUCUGUUUUUAUAAUAAUUGCAAUGUUUCAUUAUUUCGUAACUAAUAUAUUACACCUGUAGGCCUAUAAGGUAGAAUGCACCCAUUAUUACUUGCACUAAAUAAAUGAUUAUCUAGGUAAAAACUAGUUACUGUUUGCAUAGGAACCACAAAUGUAUAAGAAAACAACAUAAGUAACCUAUACCUAUAUAAAACACCAAGCAUAACUAUAAGUUAUGUCAAGUUAAACAUUUGAUAACCUGUAAUGCUGUAAGGAUUAACCAAUAACGAAGUUGGCCUAUAGUUGUAACGAUAAUGUCAAAAAUAUUAUAAAUUGGUCAAAAAUAUUAUAAAUUGUUUACUUUUUUUUAACUU